CCAACAAAACAUUAUCCAUAAUAAAUAGAAAAAAAAGAAAAAUCACAAUUAGAGGUGGCUUCUCUAUGAGUUGCAUUCAUUGUUAUUCUCCAUCUCUUCACUUGCUUACCCUGCAAAAGCAUAGGCACAAUGCUAGAAUACCAACCAAACUGUCUUGGCUUUUCUCUGGCAACUCAACAAACAAACAUUUUAAGUCACAAAUUGGAGUUCUUCCUUUGAAAGUAGAAGAUUUUCCUACUUUUACUCUUGUUGUUGCAAAACCUGCUAAUACUACAGUUUUAAUCCAAACAAGUGCAGUGAUGAUCUUUUUCUACUUGAUAGCCAAUUUUGUGGUGCCACUAUUUAUCUCGAAAGAAUUUGAGUCUGAAAAAGAGGAUGAAAACGAGAAGCCUAACAUCACUAAUCCUGUGGAUAAGGGGAAAUCUAGCUCAAAAACAGGGAAACGUGGUUUCAACAGCACCAAGCCUAAAUAAGGAUCCUUUUAGUGCUCUUGUUAAUAAGCAAAAUCUUCCUUAUGUAAUUUUAAAUCUUCAUUCAUUAGAAGUCUGAAUUUUUAUAGAUAACUACUUCUAUAUAACAUGGUAGGAUUAUUAUGCCUACAAUUGCUGUCUAAUUGGAGAAAUUUAGAAGAUAAAACAUGCAAAACAAAUUGCAUAUCAAAAAGCAUUUCAAU